AUUUACGAUAUGCAAUUUUACAGCAGUAAUGUUUACCGGAGAUGCGGGGUGAGGGCGGGCGGCUGGGCGGCGGCAUGGGCAGCUGUCGCAGCCUUAGGGGGGGGCGACGGAUCGGGCACUGCAACGACCCCGCGUCUCGGAACUUCGAGACAAUCGUAAAACACAUCAAGUAAGUACUAUUAUACGUUCUGAAGCUGCUCGGAAGGCAAGGAAUGCUACCUUCAUUGUAAUUGCAUAGCGUUCACUCGCGGGAGUUCUAGCGCGGGGCCUGCUAUGGUGCUGCCAGUCAGGGCAAAGAAGAUUGUGUUAGCAUCUGUUGUGGUUGUGACAGUGCUGACGUUGGUCAACUAUCACCAAAUUGUGCACUUCGCGGAGACAGCGUUGCCACACCGUCUGCCGGAGCCUUUCACGCACAACCACAUCUUCUACGAGCCGUCGGGCGGGUGGCUGGUGGGCCCAGCAGCGCCCUGCCCGCAGCGCUGGAUCCCGGGCAUCUGGGUUUCCAAGUCUCAGAGGCAGCACACCGGCGGUGUGCUACCUCUGACGGAGGAUGCGCAGCAGGAGGUGUUCCAGGCCAUGAACCCGCCGGGCUGUGGCGGCGCCAAGUUCCUGGUGCACCGAGUGGAGCCGCAGGGCUUCGCCGCCGCCAUCCAUGAGCUCGGGGUGGCGCUGCAGCUAGCGCUGGACAGCGGGCGUGUGCUGGUGGAGGCGCCGGGCAGCCCGCACGCGGAGGGCGUGCCGGAGUGCGGGGCGCUGCGCAACACGUUGGAUAGCUGCUACCUGCUGCCCUUCAGCAGCUGCAGGCCCUCAGAGGCCGACAUCAUCGCGGCCCUGAACACCACGCAGUCACAGCCGCAAGGAGUGACUGUGCCUCGAGAGCCGCGCAUCAUCUUCACCAACACGGCGAUGGUGGAGGCGGCACGGCACCGGGCGCCCAAGAGGUUUGAAGAGCGGCUGCAGCAGACAGCCGUGGACCACCAAAAGCACCGGUACUGGUGGCGGGCGCAGGCGGCGGCGUACCUGCUGCGGCCCAACAUGGGCACUCUGGCAAACCUGGGCAAACGGCGGAUGCAGGAGCUGCGCGGCCCGGAGCCGUCGCCGGGUUGUAUCACGGUUAUAGCGCGCAGCGGAAAGAGCGGUGACGGCGCCGCGGCAUCCGACUUCAAAGACGCGGAUUAUGAUGAGCGUGCCGCCAAAUUGCGGGCGCUGGACCCGACCCGCUUCAAUGACCAUAUCUUCCUGAGCGCCUCCAGCGGCCACACGCUGUCGUACUUUGCGAACGGCACGGGUGCAACGGCCGAUGCAGGGGCGCAUAGAUGGCAUACAGGCUACGUGGCGGGCUUGAAGCACUUUGGCGGCGGCAUGAGUCUGCGACUCAGGAAGGCGGGAGGCGGCCACGACUUGGACGCCGUGCCAAAGGACGCGGUGUAUGAGUCCAUGCUCAACACGCUGUUGGAGCUAGACCUGGCGCUGGAGUGCAGCGGCUUCGUGGGGUCCAUAGACUCCCACUGGGUCAGGUUGGUAGACGAGAUGCGGUCCGUCGUGCGAUGCAGCGCCGACGCGCCCUAUAUCGAUGUGGGCCAUGACGACCCUCGGCAAAUGAAUUUGCACUGGUGAAUGAGGGGAGCGGGGACGUGUCCAGGCUCCUCUGCCUGAGCUGUAGUAUUUCUGCCAUCAUGCUCUUGAUCUCUGGGGUUCGGCACUAGUGGCACUUGACGGCACAAGGCGCCAGCGUGUGUGCUUCUACGUGACCAAAUCACAAGGUCCGGGUUUCAGAGUAUACAGUGUGGGGUACAUACGGUAUGGCGCCAAUGGGACUCGAGCGCUUGCUGUGAAACGCGACAGCUUCACGUUCGCCACGCGCCUGUGACGAAGGUACACACAACGAGGCCCAAGGGUUAGUCUGUCAAGUAGGCCAUUCAUUGACAACCGCACGGCAGGACAAAUAUCGCCAUUAUUAGAUUAGAGUCAUGUGAGGACACCUAUUGCGACGGAGGCACUUACAGGAGUGGGGGCACCAUGAAUCAUCUGGAGCUGUUGACGUGGGACUGGGAAGGUAGGAGGCACGGACUGGUUUUGGGGCCCACCACUAGCGAAUGGAAAGGUUCGCCCUGUAACAUGACUUACGCCGCACUGUUGUUACCCUGCGGAUAACUAUUUUAUGCAAAUGCAUGCAUAGCUGGGAAGGCCCCUCAUGGCCAGAUAGCGUUUUGCUUCAUGGGGGAGUACUACAGGUCAAGCUGCAAGUCCGACCCGCACCAGGGGAGGUGUGAGACCAAGUUCGACUCGCUGUGGCCGCAUUAUUUCAGUGUCAAGCCAUGGGCCCAUGGCCGACUGUUUUGAAGACGGAGUCAUGCCGGGCCCCAUUUUGAAAGGCAGGAAGAGGAGUGCGGAUGCGUGCGUGCAUGACGGGAAAGGGCUGUAC